AUGCCUGACACGGCAAAAGCGAAGACGCAACAAUUCACCAGAAGGAAAUCAAACCUAGUAAAAAGAGCAGAUCAACUGGCACGAUUGUGUCAUGCAGACCUUGCCCUAAUCAUCCGUGAGAAUGGUAGGUAUUACAUGUAUCAAUCGACCAAUCACGAUCAAUGGCCUCCCACGAUCACAGAGAUUGUGUUCGGCAAAAGUUGGAAGGAGCCGUUGACAACAACGUUGGAAAUGGCAGGGCUUGAGUCUUUGCAGAACACGUAG